GCCGGCCGGCCACCACUCUCUUCAGUGCUCCUGUCCGAGCGACCCGUUCCCGCACGAUUCAAUGCGAAAUCAAUUCGGGCAGCAGUAAGUUAAGUUAGCUGGCCAGCCGCCGCCUAAACCAUCCAAGAUCCAGCUCCCGAUCCGAUCCAGCAAACAAAAGGCAGCCAAAGGAGUAUUAGUUGUUUGAUUCUGACUCUGAUUCCUCCUCUUCUCCUGAUCCAACUCUGCAUCCGUCCUCGUCUUCUUCUUGCUCCUGAUCCGUGAAGCUCCGGCGGAUCCGCCAAUGGCUGCGGCCGCUGGGUCGGUGCUCCGGCGGCUCUACCUCUCCGCAUACAACUGGGUCGUCUUCUUCGGAUGGGCGCAGGUGCUGUACUACGCGGUCACGGCGUUGCUGGAGAGCGGCCAUGGCGCCGUUUACGCCGCCGUCGAGAAGCCGCUGCAGUUCGCGCAGACCGCCGCGUUCAUGGAGAUUCUUCAUGGGCUUGUAGGGUUGGUGAGGUCUCCGGUAUCAGCAACCCUUCCACAGAUUGGGUCAAGGUUGUUCCUUACAUGGGGUAUCUUGUGGAGCUUCCCUGAGACACGCUCUCAUAUUCUCGUUACUUCCUUGGUAAUAAGCUGGUCCAUUACCGAGAUUAUUAGAUAUUCUUUCUUCGGUAUGAAGGAGGCACUUGGAUUUGCACCUUCAUGGCUUUUAUGGCUCAGGUAUAGCACCUUCAUGAUAUUGUAUCCUACCGGUAUCUUCAGUGAGGUUGGCCUAAUCUACAUUGCCCUGCCUUACAUGAAGGCAUCAGAGAAAUACUACAUUAAGAUGCCUAACAAAUGGAAUUUCUCCUUUGACUACUUCUACGCAUCUGCAAUUGCCAUCGGCGUCUACGUUCCAGGAGGGCCACACAUGUUCACUUAUAUGCUUGCCCAGAGGAAGAAGGCCCUUUCAAAGGCAAAGACUGCAUGAAAUUGCUGAAUGCUUUGCAGUUGGAGUAUCUUCUAAUGUGACGUCUGAAUGUGCCCUCCGGGCUCACGUGUACUACUCGUUUUCUAGCAUAAGUUAGUUAGCGGGGAGUGUCAUUAUUAGACAUGAAACCCAACAUGUACUGUAAGUCUGUAACAGUGGUGAUUGUUGGAUUUUCCAUGGUUUAUGAAUGAUUGAUCAAAGAUGAUCUUCCAUGUUUA